AAUAGUCUCUUUUUGAUGGAGGUUCAUUUGUCUGAGUUUUACAUUAUUCAAUAUGUAUUAGUUUUCCCGAGUGUCUUAGCUAUCAAGUCGGGGUAUGCGUUGACUCUCAUUGUGCUGCUCUACUGUUUGAAGCAAUGGAUACCAGUUGCAAAGGAAAAGUGGUUGGUGAUUUCCACUACUGCUGAGCCACAUGUACAAUUGCUAACUACAAGAGCUCUAGAAAUUUACAAGACAUCUAAAGGUUCCAUAACUCCACAUAUUCUCAAGGUUCAAGAACUAGCUACUCCUCAUGUUCAGGGAAUUAAGAAAUUCAGCAAGCCAUACAUUGAUGAUGUUGCUGCUGCUGCAAAACCACAUGUUGAAAAAGUUCGUGUUGCUGCCAAGCCAUAUACAGAGGUGGCAGUUCAUCAUUAUGGGAAGUUCCUCGAGUCUGCAACUACAUACCAUAAUCAGCUUCAAGGCACAGUCAAAGAAACACUGGAGAAUCAUGACCUUACAAAAUCUCUCGCAACAAAGGAGCUGAUUUGGUUUGCUGUAUGUAUCUGUUUGCGUAUUUUAUUUACUCAGUCCUUUACAUCUCCACUUUUUCCUCCAAUGAAAUUGUUAAUUGAAUGAAAGUCUAAUGGGUAUGAAUUGACGUAGAUGCUUUUAUUUUAUUGGACCACUAUCCAUUCUUUAUUCGUCGAAAGAGGAGGUUGUGAAACAAGAAUGGG